GGUGAGCAGCCAGGUGUAGGUCAGUAAUUGUCCUGCCCCUUUUCACACAAACAUUGGAUCCAAGAUGGGGGAACGGCUGCAGGCUCCAAGAAGUUACACCUGCACCUUUUUGGACUGCAAAGCCACCUUCUCAAAGGCCUGGAAGCUCGAUGCCCACCUUUGCCAACACACAGGACAGAACACCUUCACCUGUGAGAGCUGUGACCAGUGCUUCUCCUCUCGCUACUUGCUGGACACACAUCAGCUUCUUCACAGCCAACCACACAGGUGUCUGGUUGAGGAAUGUUCUGAAGUCUUGGCUGGACACGACAACUUGAAGAAGCACAUGGCUGGAGUCCACAAGACCAAGACCAGGACCAAGAGCCUGAGAUGUCAGCAUGAAGGCUGCAAGAAGGACUUCAAGAAGAAGUUUCAGCUGAAGGCCCACAUUGGAGAACACCAAGACCUUCUGCCCUUUCAUUGUCUGGAGGACGGCUGCAGGAGAGAGUUUUCCUCCCUGGGCAAGCUGAGGCACCACAAGAAGGUGCACACAGGGUACCAGUGCCAGGAGGACCUGUGUGCCUUCCUGGGAAAGACCUGGUCCGAGUAUCAGAAGCACAGGACCCAGCACAGAGUCAAGUUGGUGUGCCAGACCUGCGAGAAGACCUUCAACAUCGCCUGGUUCCUGCACCAGCACGAGCGUCGCCGCCACGGAGGAGACAAGAAAUGCUUUGCGUGUCCUCGAGAAGACUGCAACAAGACCUUUGGCAGCCGCUUCCACCUGGACAGUCACGUCCUGGGAGACCACGAGGGCAAGAAGAACUUCAGCUGUGCUGUCGUGGGCUGUGGGAGAAGCUUUGCCAUGAAGGAGAGUCUGUGGAGACAUGGUGUGCUGCACGAUCCCUUCAAGAAGAAGAUGAAGGUCAGUUUGUCAUCUCCUUCUUGCUCCAACAAGAAGCUUCCAAAGAAGGGGUGGAGCGCAGCACAGGCACAGCUGCUGUCUUCUAAACUGCAGAGCACACGGUUGGAUGAUCCACCAUCAUCUAAACUGCAGAGCACACGGUUGGAUGAUCCACCAUCUUCAGGCUGUUAGAUUAGUUUACUAAAGUGUUUUUGUUGGCUAAUUCUUUUGUUGAAUCAAUUAAAACUUCACUUCUACUGCAAAUGGACUUAUAUUUAUUAAAGAAAUAGGACAUGUAUAAAAGUACAGCUGGUUGUCAUGGUGAUGGAGGGCAGGUUACUCAUGAAUAUUAAUAAGACCUCAGG